AUGUCCGACCGUCCCAGGCAUGGGCGUCGAGGCCGUGGCGCUCGUCGUCAAAGCCGCAUAUCCAGGUUUGGUCGACCGACAACACGAACACGCCGCCACUCUAGUCACUACAGAGGGCAAGCGUUUCAGUUACCGCUGCGAGGUCGAGCUGCAGACCAAGAUCGCGAUCGAGAUCGACACCGAAGCCAGACUGCAGAGGCGCCGAUACAAGCAGACGACGAGUCGGGCACUCCUUCUGAGCGUCUCCGGCGACUCUACGACGCCCGGCACCUCAUUGAGCUCCAGAUCCUUAACACCGAGAUUGGUUGCGAGCACCAACUACAAGAAAUGGAGCGCGAUUCGCGAAGCAGAAGAUACGAUGAUGGUGAGGUCACUAGAUAUGGCGCUGGCGAAUCAUAUCGACCCUUCAACGAUCGCACUCCUCGACGUGUGAGAACUCCAGAGAGAGAGCGACGAAGCCCCCAGCCUCGAGAUCGCGUUAGGAGCCCUCCUCGUGAGCCCAGAGAUCGGCCGCGAAGCCCACCGCGAGAGCCUCGGGAACGACCUCGCAGUCCUCCCAGAGAGCCUCGAGACAGACCUCGCAGCCCUCCUAGGGGACCGAGAGCCCGCAGCCCACUUCCUCGAGACCGGCCUCGAAGUCCCCCUAUCCAUGAGAGCCGCUAUGUACCUGAUCGCACACCACGCCGACGAUCACGCAGCCCCUUUAGACCCGAUCGCUCGCGAGACGGCGGCCGCGACGACGAUGGCAACAACAGGGGCAUAGCGGCCGCGGAUACCUGGCGACGACGGGAAAGAUCUCGCAGUCCUGUGCGGCGUCCUUCGCCUCGACGCUCUCCUAUGCGACGCAACCAUUCUCCGCCCCGAAGAUUCGCUUCGCCACGACGUGAUAUGAGGAAUGAUAGGGACCGUCGCGACUUCAAUUCGAGGGAUCCAAGGUCAUUCCCCCAAUCUCAUUCUUUUCAGACUGACACUUUUGCAUCACCCCGCGGACGUGGUGAUGGCAAUCCCAACAACAUUCCCAUUGCUCACAACAAGCGUGUAAGCCAGUCGCCGCUCGGCAAUGGCAACCCGUCAAGUGACUUCCAGCAUGAGUAUGAAAACCCGCUGCGUCGAUUUGACGCGGCGAGACCUGCUCAUUCAGCGGGGCCUGGCAACAAUCGACGAGGUCGUAACACUAGUCGUGGUCGUGACCUCAUGUUUCCAGAUGUGCCUCACGCUUCUGAGCAAUACACGGCUCAGCGCCCUUUUCAUCGCAAUUCUCAGCAUGAUUCUAAUUUUCAAGCUCGCGCGAAUAAUGUUGACACCCCUUAUAGAGGUAGAUCAAGAUCAGCAGAUAGAGACCGUCGCGAUGUGCGAGAUCGUGAUAGGAGAGGCUCACCAGUCAGGCGGGUUUCUCCUGGUCCGCGACCUGGGCCGUAUCGACGUCGCUCUCCCAGCCCAGACCGGCGUGAUACCCGCUAUAUUCCUGCACAAACCCAAAGACGACCAUCGCCGCCUCGAGGGUCUGCAGUGUCUUCAGCUUUUCCUAGUCGGGACCAGUCUCGACGUCCUUCGCCCCUGCCUGUCAAUGGACGCAGGAUUGAUCGCUCCAACCCUCAGUCGCCAAUGUCCUCUCGACAUCAUUCCCGAUCUCCUCAACGCCCUGCUCCCAGAGAUCGGGAAGCAAGUCCACUCCGUCCUGCUGCUGCUGUAGCUACUACUACCUCGUCCGCCGCUAUACCUAUCAGAUCGCCUCCCAGAGGUCCAGCCGUCCAACGUCCCCCUCCUACAGGUCCUCGUGGAGACAGAAACUGGCGAGACAGCCGUGAUGAGCGGGAUUCUCGAAGCUACCCAGGACGCUCUGCUUCGAUUUCAAACGAGACACCGAACAGACCUACAGCUCCCCCGACUCGCCAAGACGUCACUAGUCCUGAAGUUCCCCCGGCUGGUCCUCGAGGCUAUGGUGCUCCCCGCGGUGGAUACGGCCGAGGAGGUCGCGGCAAUACGUGGAUCGCGCCAGGUGGACAAAACCGCAACGAUUCGCCUGCUCCUGGCCCUGCAGCGGCCAUGACUGGAGGCAAUAAUGUGUCGGUGCCAACCGGACCUCGCGGACAGACACCUUCAAACUCUGUCCCUUCUACACCGAAUACUCAGUCAAAGCCCUUUAACCCGCCAAAGGGUCCUGCAGCGGAGAAGCGCCAACUGACGGUUUUUGACAAGGAGGUGGCCACAAUGACGCCCAUCAUCCCAGGUGGUAAGAUGUCCAUCGAAGACGAAGCCGCAAUGAAUGGCGUUCUGCCCGAACAGCUUGCACAUUUCAAGGCAGCAGAGGAAGAGGCAGACAGAAUGCGGAAGGAGAUCGAGAAGAAUGACGAAAAGACACGUGCCAUGAUGGCCGAGUUCAGAAAAGGACAGCGCGAGUGUGAGCUUCUGAGACUUCGAACUGAGCUUACAGAAAAGGCUGUCGCAAAAUCAUCCGGCGAGAGCUUGUUGGGCUCUGCCUUUUAG